UUUAUGUCACUACUUCUGGGUUGAGGUCACGUGCUCGGCUCGCGCGCACAGUCGUUUCGCUCGGUAGUGACGUCGUUGCAUAAGUGAGAGUGUCAGUGCCAAGAAAGGACAUUUUGCAAAUGGAGGUCCCGGGAAAGAUCCAAUAAACGUAAACGCGAUGUCCGACGCUCUGUAUGAGAAGUUCCUGGCCCCCGAGGAGCCCUUCCCACUCCUCUCCCAGAGGGCCAACCUCAGCGACGUGGGCACCUUGGACGUAAGCGACUUUGGGUGUCAGCUGUCGUCUUGUCACAGGACGGACCCACUGCGUCGUUUCCACACCAAUAGGUGGAACCUGACGUCAUGUGGAACCAGCGUGGCCAGCUCGGAGUGCAGCGAGGAGCUGUUCUCCUCGGUCUCUGUGGGGGACCAGGACGACUGCUACUCCCUCCUGGACGACCAGGAGCUGACGUCCCUGGACCUGUUCCCCGAGGGCAGCGUCUGCAGCGACGUCUCCUCGUCCAUCAGCACCUACUGGGACUGGUCCGACAGCGAGUUCGAGUGGCAGUUACCAGGAAGUGACAUCGCCAGUGGCAGCGAUGUGCUCUCUGACAUCAUCCCGAGCGUGCCCAGUUCCCCCUGCCUGUUCUCCAAGAGGAAGACGAAGCCCCACCCACACCCCCACCGCAACCUGGACGAGCUUCCCUGGAGCGCCAUGACCAACGACGAGCAGGUGGAGUACAUCGAGUUCCUGAGCAGGAAGGUGAGCACGGAGAUGGGCCUGCGGGAGCAGCUGGACAUCAUCAAGAUCAUCGACCCCUGCGCCCAGAUCUCCCCCACGGACAGCGAGUUCAUCAUCGAGCUCAACUGCCUCACGGACGAGAAGCUCAAGCAGGUGCGCAGCUACAUCCGGGAGCACGGCCCCCGGCAGCGGACGGCCGGCAGCGCGCGGGACAGCUGGAAGCGUAGCGGCCACAGCAGCGCCAGCACCAGCGGGGUCAGCGGCGCCAGCAGCAGCAACGGCAGCAUGGUCAGCUCGGCCUCCUCCUCCGCCGGCUCCACCAACUCCAACUGCGUGGCUGGCGCCGGAACGGCGUCCGCCUGCAGCGGCGGCAGCGUGGCCAACAUCAGCCGCGCCCACAGCGACGGGAACCUCUCCAGUGCCGCCGAGCGCAUACGAGACUCCAAGAAACGCUCCAAGCAGCGCAAGCUCCAGCAGAAGGCCCAGCGCAAGCAGCAGCUGAAGGAGCAGCGGCAGGCCCGCAAGGAGCACCUGAGCGGGCUGUUCCUGAACGAGGAGGUGCUGUCCCUGAGGGUCACGGAGGAGGAGGACCGCGUCGGGGACGACCUCGACGUGCUGAUGUGACCCCAGUGAGCCAAUCAGUGCUCCCUCUAGGCCUGUCCCCUCCUCCCCCCCCGCCGCCGAUGCUGCUGCUCUAGCCCCGCCUCCCCCCCCCCCCCCCCCCCCCUGAUCGCAUGCGUUAGCAUAUGAACAGCACAACACGCCCCCCAGCGCAAGUCCUCGUUAGAACAAAGGCCUUAUUAUACCGAUUAAUUUGUGUAGAUGUUAUUGCUUUGUGCAUGCUCGCCCUUCUCCUGCCAGCGCCGCUCAUAGUUAUGUACUCAUUAGUCAACAGCUGGCUGA